AAGACUACACAGUACACUACUUACUCUUUGAAAAAUACGACAGCACCAUAUAAUAACUAAUAUUUUUUACAUUUUACAAUAAAAUUAAAGAUUUAUUGUAUCAUUAUAUCCCUACGUAAAUAGCCAACUGCUGUUCUGUCUACAACAUUUAGCUGCUUAUUUAUGAUGGACUUCAAUAAACUCUGCCCGGCAUUGCCUAAAGUUGAGUUACAUGCUCAUUUAAAUGGGUCUUUAAGCCGGAGUACAUUGCUUGAACUUAAAAGAUACAAUGCAGAUACCGGUGUUACCGACACAUCUGACGCUUUUUUGGAUGAAUUUCAAAUUGGUGCUGGAGACACUCGGAACUUAUCAGAUUGCUUUCAAGUUUUCAACAUAGCUCAUCGGCUGACUAGAACUCCAGGAAGUUUGGCUUUAGCCACAACACUAACACUUAAAGAAUUUCAAGAUGAUGGUUGCUGUUACAUUGAAUUGAGAAGUACACCUAAAGAAACACCAUUUAUGACAAGCAGACAAUAUAUUGAAACUGUUUCUGAGACAUUAAGAAGCAAUGCACAUCUCGCAAUCAAAUCUAGACUUAUUGUAUCCAUAAAUAGAAACAGUUCAAUUAAAGAAGCAGAAGCUAUAUCAGAAUUAACUAUCAGUUGUUAUAAACAAUAUCCUGAUGUUAUUGUGGGUAUUGAAUUAAGUGGAGACCCCACUAUAGGUCAAUUUGAUGACUUUGUGCCUUCUUUGAUAAAAGCUAGAUGUGCAGGUUUAAAAAUAACUCUACAUUGUGGUGAAGUAUGCAACCCCAAAGAGGUACUACAAAUGUUAAGAUUUCGCCCAGACCGUAUUGGUCAUGGAGUUUGUAUACACCCAAACUUUGGUGGUACACAGGAAACAUGGGAUGCUCUGUGUAAAUUUCAAAUACCUGUUGAAAUUUGUCUAACUAGCAAUGUCAAUACCAAGUCAAUUUUGGAUUAUAAUUUACACCAUUUUAAGGAACUAUACUAUGCAAGUGUUCCAGUAAUCAUAUGUACCGAUGAUAAGGGAGUCUUUUCUACAUCUUUGUCUCAAGAGUACAAAAUAUGUGCGGAUGUGUUUGGUCUCCAACCACCACAAUUAGCCAAAUUGGCACUGAAUGCAGUGGAUUAUGUGUUUGCCAGUGAAGAACAAAAAUCAAUUAAAGAGAAGAUUUUAAAUUUUAUUAACAAAAAUGGUUUAGAGUGUAUGUCAUAGAAAUAAAUUAAAAAAAUACUUUUCUUAUCAAGUUAAUUUAAAAAUAUAUGUUACAAGAACUUGAGUAGGUACCUUGCAGACUCUGAAUCAAGUUAGUGUUGAUACAUACUGUGACUGUGAAGCCAUCAAAGCAAAUACCACAUAAUUUAAUAUGAAGUAGCGGCAGUUUCAAAUAACAGUUUAAUAAAUGAUAAUUAUUUUAAAGUAAAUAAAAAAAGAAUGGCGUUACGACCAUUUAGGUCUCGGCCUCAGACUUC